AGAUUAAUGCGUUCCUAGUGACGGUCAUUCCACUAACACCCUCUUCUGCCCACGGCGAGCAGCGCAGCUGCUAUCUCUUCCCCAUCCGCAGCCGAAGUCGCCUCUGCACUGCAUUCCUUCCAUCUCCAUCCAAGACCAGCCACUUCUGUCUGCAUCUCCUCCGCCUCUUGUCUCUCUAAAAUCCGGCGAUUCAACGUUACCUUCAAGCCAGACGGCGCGUACCUGAAAUUGAGCGAGGGAGACGACACUGAGUUGGGAUCGGCCAGUCCGACCGGGUUCACUCUUCUCUUCCAGACAGAGAGAGGAGCGGCCGCUGCAGGUUGUCGGCAGACAGAGAAGAAGGUGGUGAUCUAAGUUUCUCAAUUCUCUGCCGCUAUUCAAAACACGUGGGGUCGGCUGUGGAUCCUGUUUUUAUUGGUCGGUUCCGUUUCGUAUGUAGAGGAAACGGCCCCCGAUAUGAAUUUCUAGUCGUAAGCAGCGAUUUCGUAUCAGCUGUUGAUACAGGGAUACUCCGUCUUAUUACCUCUCUUUCUCCCUCUCUCUCUGAGACUGCUACACUAACACCAAGACCCUAAAUCUCGCGCUGUCAGCCUGUCAGUUUCCGGUUGGUUUGAAAGUUCCCGGGCUUUGAGCUUCAAUCUUCGCCAUGGACAUAUUCAGGAAGGCAUUAUUGCAACCUGGACCCCCUGGGAGUUUUGCUCUUCAGACAGUGCAAGAGGCUAUAAAGCCUCAGAAGCAAACAAAAUUAGUUCAAGAUGAGAACCAGCUGUUAGAAAAUAUUCUUCGAACGUUGCUUCAGGAAUUGGUGUCAUCUGCGGUUCAGUCAGGGGAACAAAUAAUGCAAUUUGGACAAUCAAUCGAUGAUGGAGAAACUACCCAGGGUCAAAUUCCUCGCCUUCUUGACAUUGUAUUGUAUCUCUGUGAGAAAGAACAUGUUGAGGGUGGUAUGAUAUUCCAGCUAUUGGAAGAUUUGACGGAAAUGUCUACAAUGAGAAACUGCAAAGACAUCUUUGGUUACAUUGAGAGCAAACAAGAUAUUCUAGGGAAGCAAGAGCUUUUCGCACGUGGAAAACUUGUGAUGUUGAGAACAUGCAAUCAACUCCUUCGGCGUUUGUCAAAGGCAAAUGAUGUUGUGUUUUGUGGACGAAUACUCAUGUUUCUGGCUCAUUUUUUUCCACUAUCUGAGCGUUCAGCUGUAAAUAUAAAAGGAGUUUUCAACACAUCGAAUGAAACAAAAUAUGAGAAAGAUGCCCCUGAUGGUGUCUCUAUUGAUUUCAACUUUUACAAGACCUUUUGGAGUUUACAGGAACAUUUCAGCAACCCUGCUUCCAUGACUCUUGCUCCUACCAAGUGGCAGAAAUUUACAUCCAGUUUAAUGGUUGUGCUGAAUACCUUCGAAGCACAGCCUUUGAGUGAUGAAGUGGGAAAUGCUAAUAAUCUGGAAGAGGAGGCGGCAACUUUCAGUAUAAAAUAUCUUACUAGCAGUAAGCUAAUGGGUUUAGAGUUAAAAGAUCCUAGUUUUCGCCGCCAUAUUCUUGUUCAAUGCCUCAUAUUAUUCAAUUAUCUAAAGGCCCCUGGAAAGAAUGACAAAGAUUCACCAUCUGAAGCCAUGAAAGAAGAAAUAAAAUCUUGUGAAGAGCGUGUGAAAAAGCUUCUUGAAAUGACUCCUCCCAAAGGGAAAGAAUUUCUUCACAGCAUUGAGCAUAUAUUAGAGCGUGAAAAAAACUGGGUGUGGUGGAAACGUGAUGGUUGCCCUCCAUUUGAAAAGCAGACAAUAGAGAAGAAAGCAGUUCAAGAUGGAAUACGAAAGCGUAGGCCCCGUUGGAGAUUAGGAAAUAAAGAACUCUCUUUGUUGUGGAAGUGGGCUGAUCAGAACCCGAAUGCUCUGACUGAUCCUCAACGAGUUCGCACUCCAGCUGUUACAGAAUAUUGGAAACCAUUGGCUGAAGAUAUGGAUGUAUCUGCUGGAAUAGAAAAUGAGUAUCACCACAAAAGCAACCGGGUUUACUGCUGGAAAGGUCUCAGAAUUUCAGCUCGACAGGAUUUGGAAGGAUUUUCUAGGUUUACUGAUUAUGGUAUAGAGGGGGUUGUGCCCCUGGAACUUUUGCCGCCUGAUGUUCGGUCCAAAUAUCAAGCUAAACCAAGUGAUAGGUCUAAACGUGCUAAAAAAGAUGAAGCAAAGAAUGCGAAUCAUCAGCCAGAAGAAAAUCAGAUUGCAACACCUGCUAGUGAGAUUGAUGGUGAAGGGAAUAGGGCUGACCUUGAAGUCUCGGCAGCACCAAUGGACACUGAUGCCGCAUUUGCGACGGGAAAUCUUUCCCAAGGUGGCACUCCAACACCAGAUGAUCAUCAGAAGCAAAGCUCUGACACAGAUGUUGGUCAGGAGGCUGGUCAGUCAGAAGCAGAUGCUGAAGUAGAGCCAGGGAUGAUUGAUGGGGAGACUGAUGCAGAGGUCGAUUUAGAAGCAGUGGGCUGACAGGGUAAUCGGUACUGCAAAAGGCAAAAUUGCAUAAGAAGCCGAAGUACUAGUGCAAGCUGUGGAACAUGGAACUGCCAUUGCACGCUGUUGAUCACUUGUUCAUUUGCAAGUGUUAUUUUUGUCCUGCAGAGUUUACUCUUGUUCCUUUCCCCUUCUGCAUGUUUCGAAUUCAACCCAUAUUUUAUCAUGCAUGAAAGAAUAUUUGUCAUGGCAUUUGAUUUCUCCAAAUUUUAUGCAGUAUCCAUUUUGUUUGGUUGCA